ACUGAUUUCCGGGUGAAUUGUUGGCGUACUAAUAAAAUGUCAGAUAGUUUUGUUAAAUUGUCAAACUGUAUUAUUUCGUUAUUUUUGUGUUUGGCAUAACUUAUUUAUUAUAAUACACAUCUUUUUGUUUACCAAGCAUAUUUCAAUGUAAACAGUGUCCAAUUAAUUUAGUCGGGCAGUGUCAAGCAUAACGUGAGUUUGCUUUCAAGAACCUGCUAGCUAAGUUGGCUAACACGUUAGCAGCUACUCGAGCCAUUAUUUUUUCACAGUCGGCUAGCGACUUAACGGUUACAAGAUAGGUAGCUAAAUUGUCGACGGCUCAGAUACAUAUGGAAGUAAAUGCGUUACCUAAAGUAGAUGGCAUAGUUUGAUAGCAAACGGUAACAUUACUAGUCUAGAGUCGAGAUUUAACAAAGGAUGGCUGCCAAGAAAAGAGAGAAAGACCAAGAUUCAGACUUUACAAAAAUUACACCUGCACUGUUGAAGUCAACAGCAGGGGAAUUUGAGUUGGAGUCAAUCUUGAUCCUUAAACUCAGAAGUCUUGGCAUAUUUGAUCUUGGAUGUGUAGGAGAAUGCAAAAACCUGGAGAGACUGGACCUUUCAGGGAAUAACAUCACAAAUUUAACUCCUCUGGCCUCUCUCAGAUUGCUUCUAGUGCUUAAUCUGUCUUCUAAUCGGAUUUCAAAUUUAGAACCCAUUUGUAAUUGUGACAGUCUACAGAGCCUCAAUGUUGCUGGUAACCUUAUUAGCAGUAUUGAAAACCUCCAGUGUCUGCAGUCCCUAAGAAAAAUCGAAAGCAUACGUCUGAAGGACAACACCUAUAACUACACAAAUCCCAUUUGCAAAAACUCUUCAUAUAGAAAUGUGCUUCUUGAAAUGUUGCCAAGCCUGAAGGUGGUGGACGGUGAGAGAGUGGUAGGACGUGGCAGCGAUCUAUAUCAGCUAUGCAAAGACAUUGAUGACACUAUUAAAGCUGGCACGUUAAAAAAUGGGCAGAUGCAAGAACUGCCUGAGUGCAAGCCAUGGGUUGAAGAUGGUUUCUGGGAAAUAAAGAGAUCAAACAAUGCCAUCAUUGAAGAAGCCUGUAAACAGUUCAAUGAUAUUCUUAGUGAAUGCCGACUCCUGAACCACAAAGCUGCUAAUGUGAUCACCCAGACUGAGAGGACCCUGAGCAGCAACAGUCAGCCAAAGCAGUAUGCUGUGUGAAAACACUGGUCUGUGAGAAGGCAUUCAAGCUUAUGCCAUUUUUUGUACGAUGCUGAAUUUGGAUUUGUCAUCAUCAGUGCAAUAAUACCUGCAAGCUUUCCAUGUUUCAGCAGGGCCCUUUCACCAGUUUCUGCUGAGUCCUGGCAGCUAUGGUGUGUGUGGUACCCUUUUUAAAAAAUAUCAGAAUGACGGUUACGUUGCACGCAAAGCACAGGAAAACUGCUAAUUGUGUUCCUUUAAAAUUAUGCUGCUAUAUAGAUAUGGAAUCAGUCUUGUACAUUAAUGUUUUUGUUUGUUUUAAAUAUAUGGACAGAAGUAAAGUUUGUCAGUAUUUAUUAACUGCAUUGAUGAUUUUACUGAUGAUAUAUACUUUACUAAUGUGGUGUAUGUCAUGGCUUCCCCAGAAUACAGAUGUUAUAGGAAGUGUUUUGGACCUGUGCAUAUUGAAUACUGACUGAAUAUGUAAAAUGUUAAAUUAAACACUGUUUUCAAUUAGA